AUGGGUACGGCGUAUACGCAGCAGCAGCAACGGAGUGUUGAGGGCGGCGGCGGCGGGUUGCCGGCUUCGCCGCUGGGGGCCUCGAGCAAGCUCAUGAAGAGACUGUCCAGUGUGGGCAGGGUGUCAUCAGCGUCAUCGAGUCACUCCAGCAGGAGCUCGUCGCGGUCUGACCUGCAUGGGUCCGCGCAGAUGGGUCAGCGGACCUUUAAAAACCAGUACGUGUUGAACGAGUCUCUGUACUUGGAGAGAUUGAAGAAGACUGCGCUGGACGACUACUACACGAGGGGCAUUGUGCCAACGACUCGGUAUGACGACGACUACGAGCUGCCGGUGGACGAAGAUGUAGAUUCAGGUUCGCCCUUCUUCACGGCCACGCCUCAGCGCAGAGAAAUGACUUUGGAGACCGGCGAAUUGGUGGCCAUGGACUCGCAGUCGCAGUCGCAUGCUCUAGCGGAGCUGGCCGGAGAUGAGUGCGUCGUGGAGCGGUUCAAGUGGCAGUCAAUGCUGGCCAAUGUGCUCAAGGGUGACAUCGUCAAGAGCGAAAAGACCCGGAUUGCCAACCAGGUGAAGAAGCCCGGCCUGAACACGGAACUCUCGGACGAGAUAUGGCUCGAGUUGAAGGCGUGGCUGAACGGUAAGACCGUGCAAGAGAUGGAGCGGUCAUUGAAGUACCUAAGGAACAAUUCGGACUUGCUGUUCGAAGAGAUAAUGGAGUUCCGGGUCCCUCAGGGCAAGGAAAUGUCUCUGGAUGCGCUGGCAGACACUUUGCAAGGGCUCAUGAACAGGUAUCACGGUGCUAUUUCGCAUUGGCCCAACAUGAGGAAAAUGUACAGGGACAAGCCGAUCACCAAGACCCGCGAGUUCACGCACAKGGUGGACGUGAUGAACUCGUGGCUGAAUUUCAAGACCAACUUAACGCUGAAGCGACGCGAGUUGGACGACUGGAUAUAUCGUUGCUCGCCGACAAGUGGUGCGAACAACUUCCAAGAGGACGCCGACAACAUACCGAACUGGAGUUGCAAAUUGAAAAGCCUUGCCGAACAACUGAUGAAGGAGAAAGAUAUUGAGUCUGUCUUUCAAAAAAACGUUUUCUACCCGUUAUCGCCCUGGAUGUUCAAACUGAAACAGAGCAUUGUAAACUAUGGAGAAACACUAACGAAGAUGAAUCUCGAGUAUCCGUACGAAGGGUUGAGAUUACUGCUCAUUUUCCCCGUCUACCUCAUCAAAGAGAUUAUUCUGAUCAGACUAUCAUAUGCACAGAAACUGAAAAAUCCGACAAUGAUGAUGGUUGAUCAGAUGAUCGAUGAUUUCAACUCUGUUAUUCGACUGUCUGUUCAAUUGAAGUACACACUGACAAAUUAUUGCACCAAUUGGCCAUUCGAAAUAAACUUUGACCCGAAAUUCGAGGACACCGUCACAGAGGCCAUUCGCUACCUAUUCUCUCUUUUGAAUUUGAAGCUGAUCGACUCCAGCCAGAAGAAUUUCAAAGCUCCUGACUUGCUCUUGAAGUAUUGGGACGAUUUGAAAAAUGUCGGCCACUACAUCAAUGGUGCAGAAGCGGUUAUUCCCAAUGAAUUUCUCAAGUUGACCUUAAGGCUGCUUCAUAAGUUGCAAUUCUAUUUCUUGGAGCAACAAAGCUCUCUUCCGACUUUUACCAAUGCUUCAGAAGCUGAAAAAUGGUUGGGUUUGAUGUUUGAAAAUCUGGGAACCAUGAAACGGAAACUGAACCGGUUUAGCAACGUUCUGACAAAGACUUUUCAGAAUUCUGUCAGUUAUCAAAUCAAACACAAUACAAAUCUCUUGAGAAAACUAAAAAAUGCUGGCUAUUUUUUGAUCUAUUCAGGUGGGAGUUUGGAGUCUGAUGGCAUAUAUCUACUGGCAUCCCCUGAACUAUUGGGUUGUGAUGAUGACACCAUUUUGAGAAUCUUGCAAAACAAAGAUAUUGGUUGUGAUUUGGUUCCCAAAUUGGACAUUCAAAAUAACUUGAAUAUGUAUGACAUUAAAGCGGGGGAAACAGACCCAAAUCUCUUGGUAUCAAAGGAGGAAGACUGCAAGGGUGCUCCUUACUAUCGUUUAGUAGCGAACACCUCGUCAGCUCACUUGAAUAGAACCCCGAUUUCGACAAAAGAAAGAGCUUCUGCUGACGACUACGAUCAGUAUAUUAAGGAAGAGAACAACGAAGUCCUCGAACUAGAGCACGCUUUGAGUACAUUGGGCGCACUGGUGGUACUUAUUCCUGGAGAGUCGAUGGUUUGGGAGGGGGAAAUAUAUAAACUCUCUGAAGACAAAGAUUUGACUUGUAGCGAUGUUAAUUUGACAUCCAAUGGUACAAACACUUUAGUCCUAUUUAACCAAGGUUCCAACUAUGCAUUGGAUUACCAAUUCGACAAGCUUAACCAAAUUUUGGGUGAUUCUGUCUCGGUUGUGGAGAAACGAUGUUCGCUCGAUGCCAUCGAAUCUUCAUUGCAAAGGAUCAAUAAAGCCUAUUACAAAUUAACUUAUACGGUUUUGGACAACUAUGACAAAAUUUUAAAGGGCCUUAUGGAACAGUUCCCAGAAAACGAAUUACUGAACACAAUAUUCAUGUUUGAAAGGGAUUUUGGAAGGAGCUUCCUGAAGAAUAACGUGUUCAGCCCAAAGAAAAAAUCCGUCAUCAUCUUAUUGAUGGUUAAGUUGAGUAUUGACUGGUUAAAAUUUCUCGUCGAAGUUUGCGACCCCACAGAACAGCAAACCUUUAGAUGGUGUGUUCCAGCGAUGGAAUUUGCCAUGCAGAUGACAAGCGGCUAUAAUAUUUUGAUAUUGGAUGAUAACCAAUUUCAAGAGCUUAAGGAAAAGAUAUCUGUAUGUAUGUCUUUGUUAAUUUCACAUUUUGAUGUGAUGGGUGCAAGAGCUACUGAAGCUGAGAAGGGUACACAGCAGGCAAGACUUAAUAUCGAUAUUAAAGAGAAUAUUGAUGAGGAGGCCACACUGCAGAUAAAUAGUGAAUUGAGAUUAGAAGCUAUCCGCAACUUAGAGCAAACUAGGAAGAAAAAUCCGAGACGGAUGGGAAAAGUCUUGGACGCCACAGAUCAAGGAAACAAAUAUCUGUUAUCACUAGCUUCAUCACUAUCGAACGUUUCGAUGAGAUGGCAAAAGAGAAGCUUUAUUGGGGGUGGUACGUUUGGAAAAGUGUACUCUGCAGUCAAUUUAGAAAACGGUGAAAUUUUAGCCGUCAAAGAGAUCAAUUUGCAUGAUACAAAGACGAUGAAGAAGAUCUUCCCCUUGAUCAAAGAGGAGAUGAAUGUACUAGAAAUGUUAAACCAUCCCAAUGUUGUCCAGUAUUAUGGUGUGGAGGUCCAUCGCGAUAAAGUUAAUAUUUUCAUGGAGUAUUGUGAAGGAGGCUCCUUGGCAGCUCUUUUGGAGCAUGGUCGUAUUGAAGAUGAAAUGGUAACACAAGUAUAUACUCUCGAAUUGUUGGAAGGUUUGACGUAUUUGCAUCAAUCUGGUGUGGUGCAUCGUGAUAUUAAACCAGAAAAUAUUCUCUUAGAUUUCAACGGGAUUAUCAAAUACGUCGAUUUUGGUACAGCACGUACUUUCGUAGAAACAAGUACUAGAGCUAUGAAGAAUGCCACAAAGGAUGACCUUGAUACUCCUGAGUCUGAACCCGAAGCAAAUUAUAUGGACGGUAUGAUGGGGACACCAAUGUAUAUGGCUCCAGAGACUAUUUCAGGUUCUACUACAAAGGGUAAGCUUGGAGCAGACGAUGUAUGGGCAUUGGGAUGUGUUGUGUUGGAAAUGGUCACGGGGAGACGACCCUGGUCCAAUUUGGAUAACGAAUGGGCUAUCAUGUACCAUGUGGCAGCAGGACAUAUUCCUCAAUUCCCCAACAAGGAUGAAGUGACACAAAAGGGAAGAGUCUUCUUGGAAAGAUGUUUAGUUCAAGAUCCUACUGAGAGAGCUUCUGCCGUGGAACUACUGGUAGACCCCUGGAUGGCGCAAAUCCGGGAUAUAGCGUUCGGUAACCCAAGCCAAGAUCAGGCGUCCGUCACAAGCUUAUAG